CCGCCAAUCAACGCGCGAGGCCAGCUCGCCUGGGGCCGCCCGCGCGCGGGGUGUGUGAGGACGCGCUCUGGGUCGCGGAGUGCCUGAGCAGAGGAGCAAUUGCUGUGGUACCUGCAGCUGCCCCAGAGGACGCAGAGCAUCGGAGCCAGCGCGGUGGUGUGGGGGCAGGAAGACGAAGUCAUGUCGGUCAGAGAAAAUAUUCUCUUUGGAAUGGGAAAUCCUCUUCUUGACAUCUCUGCUGUAGUGGACAAAGAUUUCCUUGAUAAGUAUUCUCUGAAAGCAAAUGACCAAAUCUUGGCUGAAGAAAAGCACAAGGAACUGUUUGAUGAACUGGUAAAAAAAUUCAAAGUCGAAUAUCAUGCUGGUGGCUCUACCCAGAAUUCAAUUAGAGUGGCUCAGUGGAUGAUUCAGCAGCCGCACAAAGCAGCAACAUUUUUUGGAUGCAUUGGGAUAGAUAAAUUUGGAGAGAUCCUGAAGAGAAAAGCUGCUGAAGCUCAUGUGGAUGCUUAUUACUAUGAGCAGAAUGAGCAGCCAACAGGAACUUGUGCUGCAUGCAUCACUGGUAGCAACAGGUCCCUUGUAGCUAAUCUUGCAGCUGCCAAUUGUUACAAAAAGGAAGAACAUCUUGAUCUGGAGAAAAACUGGAUGUUGGUAGAAAAAGCAAGAGUUUGUUAUAUAGCCGGCUUCUUUCUUACAGCAUCCCCAGAGUCAGUAUUAAAAGUAGCUCGCCAUGCUUCUGAAAACAACAGGAUUUUCACUUUGAAUUUGUCUGCACCAUUUAUUAGCCAGUUCUACAAGGAAUCAUUGAUGAAAGUUAUGCCUUAUGUGGACAUACUUUUUGGAAAUGAGACGGAAGCUGCCACUUUUGCUAGAGAGCAAGGCUUUGAGACUAAAGACAUUAAAGAAAUAGCCAGAAGGACACAAGCUCUGCCAAAAGUGAACUCGAAGAGGCAGCGAAUCGUGGUCUUCACUCAAGGGAAAGAUGACACUAUAAUGGCUACAGAAAACGAAGUCACUGCUUUUGCUGUCUUGGAUCAAGACCAGAAAGAAAUUAUUGACACCAUUGGAGCUGGAGAUGCAUUUGUUGGAGGUUUUCUGUCUCAGCUGGUCUGUGAUAAACCUCUGACUGAAUGCAUCCGUGCCGGCCACUAUGCAGCAAAUGUCAUAAUUAGGCGAACCGGCUGCACCUUUCCUGAGAAGCCAGAUUUCCACUGAUGGAAGAGCAGAUAACCUAGGCCCAGGAGUACAGACACUGCCCUGAUUGCUUCCUGAGAAUUCCCACAUUAAUAAAGAAGAAAAUUAUCUGCUAUCUUUCCUACUAUAAUAACAUUCAUUCUUAAUUUAGAGGGCACAGUAAUGCUUGCAGAAUAUUUAGUCUCUCAACAACCUGAAAAAAAAAAAAAAACUGUUUAUUUCCUUAGUUUGUUAAUGCCUCUUAAAUGUCAGUUCAAUUGGAAUAUAACAUUUCAGUAGAAAUUUUUAUUUCAUGUUCAAUUACUUUGUAAAUUCAUGUGUGUGCAGUAAAUUGAUCCAUUUCUGCUUUGAAUGCAGAUACAAUUUAAUAUAAUAGAUUUUUUAAAAGAAAUUAAUCCUAACACAUCAAUCUUUAGCUUUUUAUAUAAACAUAUUUAAUUUAGGAUUGUGUAAGUGGCACAUACACAGAUAAAUGUACCACAUAUAUACAUGAUAAAUGGUCAGAUAAGGUACAGAAAUAUUUAUCUUGCCAAAUUAUUUAAAAUGUCUCUUCAGUGUGUACUCAAACGUAUAAUGAACUUUGGAUAACUGAAUAAAUUGCCAAAUUUUAAGUUGUAUUACAAUAUUCAAAGUAUGACCUUAUGCUUACUUAUGGUACUCUGUAAUUUGAUACAAAUAAAAACUUGUCAUAUAGGAAUUUUU